CUUUAACUGUAAAAUAUUUUUAAAAUAUCAAGGUAUUUUUAAAUGUCAUGGCGUAGCAUGAAAACGUUCUCAAAAGUGUUUCGUAACGGGCUUUUUGUGCGGGGGCGGUGCCACGGUUGAACCUGCGAGGCGAGGUUGGGGGCAAAAGUCCCCGAGUUUCACUUCCUACUUUUGAGCUCACUUCUUCUCGUCGCAGGCGCUCAAAAGCGCGAGCGCACAUUUCAGAAUGAGCUACUUUGAUUUGCAGCCCAGUGCCACAAUUCCUCACUUUUACACGUAAAAAAAAAAAAAAAAAAACAAAAACAAACAAAUAUGGCUUUCAUCUGGUUUACGCUGACGACGUUUAUGAGCUAGACCGCCAGCUGUCUUUAUUGUAACGUAACCGAGCGUGACUUCCGGCGGGCGGACUCCCAACAUGCCCGAAUCUUCGAAGAUGAGAAAGCCCGACGUGAAGGUGGUCCUCCUGGGGGACAUGAACGUGGGCAAGACGUCUCUUCUGCACAGGUACACGGAGAGGAAGUUCCAAGACACCAUCAGCACCGUCGGGGGGGCCUUCUUCCUCAAGCAGUGGGGACCCUACAACGUCUCCAUAUGGGACACCGCUGGGCGGGAACAGUUCCACGGCUUGGGCUCCAUGUACUGCCGCGGCGCCGCCGCCGUCAUCCUGACUUACGACGUCACCAACUGGCAGAGCCUGGCCGAGCUGGAGGAGCGCUUCCUGUCCCUGACGGACACCGCCAACCACGACUGCAUUUACGCCGUCGUGGGCAACAAGGCCGACCUGACGGACACUGGAGCACGGCUGUCUCGGGAGAUGACUGACGCGGAUCAAACUGAGUCAGAGGAGGACAGAUCCGAUUUGCUGUCAGCUUGCCCCACGCCGCCCGCCUCGCCCGUGUCCACCCCCGGCGUCACGUUUCCCAAGCAAGUCAGCCGCGAGGAUGCGCUGGCGUUCUACGAGCGAAUACUCCGCUACAAGGGCUCGGACGAGAGGACCAGCCUGCCCGCCGAGAAGAUGUGCUUCGAGACCAGCGCCAAGACCGGUUACAACGUGGACGCCCUGUUCGAGGCGCUCUUCGAUCUGAUGCUGCCCUCCAUGUUGAGGAAGCGGAACGAGAACCAGCGGUCCGCCACCGUGGACUUGGAAAUCUGCAGAGGUGGCGGCGGAAAACGGAGCCGAUCGGGGUGCUGCUAAGACCCACGGGGAGACUUUGAACUUUCGACUUGGAAUGUGAAUUGAGAAAGAAACCACAAGCCUUUUGUCACCGUUAAACCUUCAUACUGUGAAGAAACAACAUUUGGAAUUUUGAAGUGUUCCAGACCACGGAAAGUCUCCGGACAGCAAAACCGACUUCAGAAUUCCGAAAUGAAAUUUUCAUCAAUCUUAGAGACAUUUGCACUAAUGGUUAUGAAAAGGGUACCGCAGUACAGUCUUAAUUAAAUACUUUCAUUUGAAUAUUUUCAGGGAUCAGAUUUAAAUUGACCUUAGAUAACACUGAUUUUUAAAUAUGUAUGUAUAUAUACUGGUAUAUCGCACGCGUCAAUUUUUUCAAUGACCGGACGUUAUUCGUCAUGUUUAAUUUUUUAAAAGUCAUAAUAAAGAUUUUUAUUUUGCCGUGA